AGCUCUUGUUUCUACAGCUUGACAUCUGUCCAAAUCCCGAUCAGUCUCUGAACCAGCCACGAUGCCUAGUGACCAGAAUGGAACCUGGGAAAUGGAGAGCAAUGACAACUUUGAAGGAUAUAUGAAGGCAUUAGAUAUUGAUUUUGCCACCCGCAAGAUUGCCAAGCACCUAACUCAGACAAAGAUAAUUGUUCAAGAUGGUGAUAACUUCAAGACAAAAACAAAUAGCACAUUCCGGAACUAUGAUUUGGAUUUUACUGUUGGAGUUGAAUUUGAUGAGCACACUAAAGGACUGGAUGAUAGACAUGUUAAGACUCUGGUGAUCUGGGAUGGGGAUAAGCUGGUGUGUGUGCAGAAGGGAGAGAAGAGUAACCGAGGCUGGAAGCAAUGGAUUGAAGAAGGAAAACUGCACUUGGAGCUGACAUGUGGAGACCAAGUAUGCCAUCAAAUCUUUAAAAAGAAGUAACAGUUGACAAGGAAACCUGUUGAGUU